AUGUUCUACGAACCUGGGAAAACAGACCAUGGGCUGGACCACGACCCUUUCAAGGCAUGCGUUGUGCCCAGGCCAAUUGGAUGGAUCAGCACCGUCUCUCCCGCGGGAGUGCACAACCUCGCCCCUUACUCACAGUUCAACAACCUUACUUUUGACCCACCAUACGUGAUGUUCUCCGCCAACCAGACGCCCUCCAACCGGCGCAAGGAUACGGUGGCCAACGUCGAGGCCACGGGACGCUUCGCGUGGAAUCUGGCGACGUGGGAUCUCCGUGAGGCUGUGAAUGCGACGGCCGAGCAGGUCCCGGCCGAUGUUGACGAGUUCGGACGGGCUGGCCUGGAAAAGGAAUUCACCACGGCGCUGCAGGACCCGCAGCUGCCGAUGGUCAAGGCGAGCCCGGUCAAGUUCGAGUGCGUCUACCACACCACACUGAGGCUGCCAGGCAACCCGCCCAUGGGCAGCGUGGACGUGGUCAUUGGGCGCGUGGUUGCCGUCCACAUCGCCGAUGACGUGCUGACGGAUGGCAUCCUGGAUGUGCGGAAGACGCAACCUAUUGCGCGCUGUGGCUACUAUCAGUAUGCGGUCAUUAGGGAGACAUUUGAAAUGAUGAUUCCAAGCGGCGGUGAGUGGAGCGAGGAAAUAUUGGGUGGCCUAGAGGGGUGUUCAAAGAAGAACAGGGCGAUCGGCGAUCGGAUGCGGGAGACGCAGGGAGAGAGACAUGCAUAG